AUGAAAUAUAUUAAAGAAUCAGCACAAGUUGAUGAAUCAACUAGAAGUGUUAAUAGAGGAUAUUCACGUAGUAGUAAUGAACCAGUAGGUAGUGGAAGCUAUACUAGAAAUCGAAAUUCUGAACGAUCGAAUGCUUAUUUUAAAUGUAAGUAUUUUCAAUUUUUUUCUAUGAAGUUAAAAACAAAAAAAAAAUCUAGUGGUGAUCGUGAAUAA